CCGCCUUCAAUUGUUCCAACGUCAUCCAAGCUUUCAACUAUCCAGCUUCAACUUCACACCCGAAGCAUCGCGCUUGGAGUAUGAUAUGAUCGGCAAUACCCUUCAGCUCGUCAUUGAUGCUCAUUUGUACCAACUUCUGAGGAAUAUCUGACCGCGUCGCAUCGAGCAGCAAGCUCUCGGCCAAGGAGAUGGAGCAGCCAAACAGCCGCACCCAACGCUUCUACGGAUACCCUCGCCCAGUUGAGGCUCCCCACCUCCCACUCACCAAGUCAGACGAUGCUAAUCCCGUCUUUCGGGGCUUCUUCUUGGUGGUUGGGGCUUGGCUUGUUUCCAAACUUAGCUUCGUUCAAAAACUUCUAUGGACAAAUGCCGGCUUCAGCGCUCUGAGAAAUCUCAAGCAUCUGAAAGGAUAUACAGAGCGAUGGGAUCCGACAGUCAUUCCCCUGGUGGACGCUGACUCUAGUCUUGAGGACAGAAGACUCGACUCCGAAUUUUCCCCCAUACUACCUGAAAAUACCCCUGGUCGAUACCACUCUGUAACCGAAUACCACGCCUUGUAUCUAUCGGGACAGCUCACCCCCCUGGCUGUUGCUGAAUCACUGCUUCCCCUUAUUCGGAGAGAUCUCAAGGCCACAAGUCGCCACUCGAUCGCUUUCAUAGACACACAUGUUGACGCCGUUCUUGAAGCCGCAAAAUCCUCGACCUUGCGAUACCAGAAAGGAACUCCUUUGUCAAUACUUGAUGGAGUGCCAACUGCAAUUAAAGACGAUAGUGACGUGAAAGGAUACAGAACGACGCAAGGCAGAAAGAGAAACGACGAGGUGAUGAAGAUCGCUGAAGAGUCGUCGUGGCCUGUACAGAAGUGGGAAGAAGCAGGUGCAGUCAUUCUUGGGAAAGCAAACAUGCAUGAGCUUGGUGCGGACACUACGAACAACAACCCAAAUUGGGGAACUCCUCGCAACCCUCACAAUGACCAAUACUAUACAGGAGGCUCUUCUGGAGGACCCGCCUACAUUGUCUCUGCAGGUCUUUGUCCAAUCGUUCUUGGUUCUGAUGGUGGUGGAAGCAUCAGACUACCUUCUUCGUAUUGUGGCGUCUACGGCCUGAAGCCGUCUCACAAUCGACUCGAGGGUACUGAAAGCACCGUGACAGUCUCCGGACCAUUGGCAGCCACGAUUGCCGACCUCGAAAUUGCUUACCGUCUUGCAGCCGCACCGAAUCCCAAUGACCCGACCUGUGCUCUGUUUGCACCGCCUCAGUCCAACAAACGCUCUUACCCCAAGGUUCUGGGCAUCUACAAAGAGUGGUUCGAGCGUGCCGAUGCCCCGGUCGAGACAUUAUGCCACAAUGUGAUCAAGUACUGCAAGGAGAAGCUCGGUUACGAGAUCGUCGACAUCACCAUACCCUAUGUCACGGAGGGACAGCUAGCCGAGUCUUUCACUAUCCUGACUGAGAUGGCUGUCCGGGCACGAGCACACGUGAAGAAUCCUAAGGAUUGGCUCAAAGAUCUCAAUCCCGCAAACAAGGUCUUGAUUGCAGUCGGGGCUCAAACUCCUAGUGUCGACUACUUUCUCGCUCAGCAAUUGCGUAAUAUGCUGAUGCAGCAUCUCGCCUUCCUUUACCAGAAGCACCCUGGUCUGAUUAUCGUCACCCCAACAACACCGAAUUCGGGGUGGCCAAUCGCUUCGGAAGGAGACCUCAAGCACGGAAUUUCUGAUGGCAACAUGACGAUUCGCAACAUGGAGUACGUGUGGAUGGCAAACUUGUGUGGUAAUCCAGCAAUCUCAUGCCCGAUAGGCUACGUUGAUCCCGUGAGAGGACAAGGUAGGAUCCCGAUUGGCAUCAUGGGAAUGGGCGAGUGGGGAUCGGAGGAUUUGUUACUGAACUGGGGUCGAGAAUGCGAGGGGUAUCUGAACGAGGUGUAUCCUGGUGGACGCCAAAGGCCAAAUAACUGGAAUGAUGUCGUAUUGAUGGCGGGGGUGAAGAUGGGGGCGGGGAGUAAGUCAGGGGCAAGUGAGUUGUGAGCUGCUUUCUCCUGCGCUGCUUUGCACUUGCCUCUUCUUGGUUGUACGAUCUCGAGAAGUUACUGCUGUCGCUUUCUACAUUGUAUUGUAACUUGCUAGCUCCCAGGAUGGGGACCGAAUGAACCAAUCCAGCUGCUUUUCGUUUCGUUUAGCCCAUUCUCAAUUGUUGGCACACACCUGAAUUCGGUCUAAUC